AUGCCAGUAGAAAGCGGUUAUGUCAUUAAUGGACCAAAUGGAGAUUCUGAGUCUACUCCUCCCCGACACGUUGAUCACAUUCCGAUUCUCUCCAGCCUUCCGUCUGAGCUAUGCUCAGCAGCCGAAGACGUAAAGGAGACUCGUUUGUCAGCGUACCUUGCAUAUCUUCAUAUGAGCGACAAAGAUCGCCUAAGCAUGAAUCUUGCAUCGAUUGUUAUUUACACUGCUGCAUUACGCUGGAUUGAGACGGCUGCGCAUUACAAUAUACCCUACAUGGAAAAGAAUUUUGGUGCAGCUUCUCUUCCUCCGAAGGAGUUAUCUCUUUUUAAAAGGAUAGUGAAGUACUAUGAUCAAAAGCAAUACAAAACUGGUCUCAAAUUUGCUAAUCAAAUACUCUCGAACCCAAAGUUUGCUGAACAUGGGGAAACGCUUUCCAUGAAGGGUAUUCUUCUUAAUUGCCUGGGGAAGAAGGAGGAAGCUAGGGACUUUGUUAAACGCGGUCUCAGAUCGAAUAUCCAAAGCUUUGUGUGCUGGCACAUUUAUGGUCUUAUUAUGAAGUCCGACCGGAAAUACGAUGAAGCUAUUCGCUGCUAUAUCCAGGCUCUCAAAUUAGAUAAGAACAACCUCCAAGUUCUUCGAGAUCUUUCUGUUUUGCAAAUGCAUACUCGUGAUCUUGAUGGGUGUUUGGAGACUCGGAAUAAACUUCUUACACAAAGGCCGAAUCAAAAGGCUUCCUGGGUUGGUUAUGCUAUUGUCCAACACUUGCGAGGAAAUCUAGAUACUGCAGCAACUGUUAUUCACGAAUUCCUCAAAGUUCAGACUGCAGUCGAGCCGUAUAACUAUGAGCAUAGCGAACUUCUAAUGUACUAUAUUUCCAUAUUAAAAGAAAGCUCGAAAUAUGAAGAAGCUCUUGAUUUCAUGGACCUACAUACCACGGAGAUCGUCGAUAAUGUGUCAUACCUGGAAACUUACGCUGAUCUUCUCCUGCAAUUGGGUAGAGUUGAUGACGCCGAAAAUAUUGUGUGGCAACUUCUCGAACGCAAUCCUGACUGCAACUCCUAUUAUGAGCUGUUUUAUAAAGUUUAUGAGGCUAGGUCCAAUUGUGCAAUGAAGUUGUCUGAGAAGCGCCAAGUGUUGGAAAAGUGCGUCGAAAAAUUUUCAUCUUCACGGCUCCCUAAGCUACUCUUUUUGGAAACGCUGGAUGGUGACGAGUUUGGUUUUCACGUUGACGUCUUUAUGCGCAAAAAUCUUCGCAAGGGUGUGCCGAAUCUUUUUGUUCAGCUGAAGCGCUUUUACAAUUCCAGUGAAAGGCGAAAUACCUUGGAAAAUCUCUACCUGACCUACCGUACCAACCUGGACGACCAUGAGACCUUGGGUCCUGUUUCAUGUGGGGAGUUGAAAUUGCCAUAUUCAGAUGAUGAAGCCAUUGAACCACCAUCCACCUCGCUUUGGCUCAACUAUCUUAUCGCCCAACAUUACAACUACAUGAGGCAGACAGAGAAAGCAUUGACUGUGGUCUCAAAGGAAAUCGAGAUUAACCCUACCAUCGUUGAUCUCUAUGUUCUGAAAGCCGAAAUCUACCGUGACGCUGGUGAUAUUAUAACAGCCAGUCGAUGGAUGGAUGAAGCCCAGUCUCUAGACACCGCGGACAGAUUUAUAAACGCUCAAUGUACAAAGUACAUGGUACAGGCUCAUAGAAUUGAGGAUGCUGAAGCGAUCGCUUCAAAGUUUACCAGAGGUAGCACUACAGCCGCCCAGUACUUGAUUGAGAUGCAGUGUAUGUGGUUUUUGAUUGAAAACGCUCGUUCUUACAAAGCUAUGCAAAAGUUCGGAGAAGCGUUGAAGUUUUGUCAUGAAAUCGACCGAGCGUAUACUGCCGUUCUCGAAGAUCAACUUGACUUCCACUCCUACUGCUUACGAAAAGGCACCCUGAGGUCGUAUGUUGAAACAAUUCGCCUAGAGGAUCGUCUUCGUGACCAUCCAGCGUAUUUUGAUGCUGCUUGUUUGGCGAUUGAGAUAUACUUGUACCUGCAUGUAAAUCCGCUUGGCAGUGAACAGGAUGAAGAAAACAAACAAAGUGCUAAUAUCUCAUCUUCAGAAAUGAAGAAGUUACGCAAUAAGCAGCGUCGGGCCGAGCGUCGUGCAGAAGCCAUCAAGGAGGAUGAAAAGAAGAAGGAGCAUCCAAAUCAACAGCGCAAUAAAGAUAGGAACGAGGAUCCUGAAAAUCGGCCACCGGAAGUGGAGCAGCUUUCACCGCAAAAAUUGGCUCGGCCCGAGAAUGCUCUAAACGAGGCUGCUCGCUUUCUGCAGCCACUAAUUGACCUUUCGGGCAAUCGGAUCGAGACUCACUGUCUCGCUUACGAGGUCUUUGAGCGAAAAGGCAAGCAUCUUUUGAUGCUUCGUGCCAUCCGUCGCGGGAUCGAAUUGCCCAGGGCGAGAGAUCAUCCGUGGUUCAAUGAAUGCCUAUGUCGAUUCUUAAUGCGCAUGUCGGAACUGAAACCAAAACCUGGGAAUCUCGUGCACGAGGUUCUAUUGCAGGAAAUGCACGCCGUGUUUGAGAACAAUGAACUACCUCGAGCUGCUGAAACAAAUGACAACUUCAUUAAGAGAAAUUCUAAGUCUUUCUUGCACGUUUUCAGAGGUACGCUUACUAAGGCGAUAAUUGACCCGAGUUCUUCAAACGAAUCGCUAAAGCAAUUGCCUUCACCCACCAACAGGGGAUUUGGCGCUGUCUCCUGGCAGGUAUUAUUUGAGGCUUUGGGACUUUUAAAAACCUAUUUGAACCUCAAACUAGCCCCGAUCACAAAUGAAAUGAUUGAUGAUUUUCGUGGCAAGUGCUCAACACUCUACCCACUUGCAACUGUCUUCUUUACUGAGACGGCUUUGGAAAGCCACCUCAACGCGGCAAUUUGUAAAACUUCAGCUGCGACUUCUAAUGAGGCUUUUCUUAAACGGUCUCCUCCGGAUCAGGGUAACAACGAAGUUAAUGCGGUUGUCGAAAAGCUUGAUGCUCUCUCCUGCUAUGAAAGCACUGGUGUAAACGGCGAUGCCGAGAAUAAGCUGAACGGCCACAUAGUUGCAAACAAAAAGGCGGCAAGACAGAAGCGGAAGAAGGCUGGUAACAUUGACAGUGCCAAGUCGAGCGCAGCGGUGGCUUUCAAUGACAAUUUUGACGGCAUUAAUCUCACGCAGAUGCUUGAAAAUACUGCAGUGGAUGCUACUUCGGAUGAAGAGCAAUGCGAUCCAUUGUCAAAAAAUAGUUUGCAUGAGGAUGCAUGUUCUAACCUCAGCCGUGGAUUUAAAACUGCAUCUGGAGGUGUUUUGAGUGCACCCUCCCGUGAAUCCUUAAUGCGAGCGAGGGAGCUCUUUAAAGAAUGCAUGAAUCAGCUUGAUGAAUCCGGUUCUAAUCGAGUGUUACAUGAAGAUGACCCAUCAUGUGAUAACAACGGCUCUCCUUUCCAUGUACUCAAACAGGGUGAUCCAAUUCCGAAGACGGACUUAUGCGAGGAUACGUCCUCUGAUUUCGGUUGUGAUUUCAAAACUGCAGCGGGGGCCUCUCUAAAGGCACCUUCGAACGAAUCCUUAAGUCGGGCGAAGCGUUUGCUUGAAGGAUGUACGAAUCAAGCCGAGGACUCUAGUGCAGACCAUGACGAUUUAUUUAGCUUCCGCAAAUCCUGUCAUGGAUUUAAAACUGCUUCGGGAACUGCUUUGAAAAUGCCCUCCUGUGAGUCUUUGAGUCGGGCAAAGCGUAUCUUCGAGGAAUGUGUGGAGCAGACUAAGGACCUUGGGACUUGCUCAGACUUUGAUAAAACACCCAAACAGAGAACACUGUGGAGUCAUUCCAAAUCCUAUGUUUCUUCACUGUGUCGCCACGAUAUUAUUGAUUACGAUCGUCCUCUUAGGACCCAUCCCAAAACAGUGAAGUCUGGUGAGCUUCUAUUUGAGAACUAUAUGAAGUAUACUGUAGAUGGCAUCAAAUUUAACCAACCGUUAUUUGCUGAUAACGUGAAAAAAUCUAGCAAACACGGACAUCAGAGAGAAAAUGAUAGCUGUGGCGAGUCUUUGUCCUUUGGUGACUUCGCGACUAGCGAUGUCUCAAAGUCCAAUUUCUCCAUCAAUUCUCUUAAUCCAAACGAGGCUACUCUGAAUGAUUGCCAAGUAGCACAUAGUUUGCAUAGCAAAACUGCAAAUGAUAGCCCGUCUAGGGUUGGCUUCGUGACUGAUCUUGGCAAGUUAUUAAUUCUAACUUCCGAUGAGUCGAUGAAACGGGCUAAGCAUCUAUUGGAGGACUGUUCUAAAGAUUAUGAUGGGAAUAAACUUACCGACAAUGGCACACAGAGUGAUGUCCUCACACACCGCGGUGGCAAAUCUCCUUAUGUUGGGCUUUCGAAGGACUUCUCUGAAAAAACAAAUAAAAGCGACGAAUGCAUUGUGAACAAGAAUGAGGUUGAAAUUGAUAGGGCGAACGGUGGAUCGUCAGUCGCGUCAGAUACGUCUUUCCUUGUCAGUAAUCAUGAAAACACGUCAGGUGGAUUUGCUUCUGCUGUGGGAAGACUCCUCACUCCCCUAUCCGAUGUGACUCCACGGCAAGCCACAACUACUUUUAGUAAAUGUGCCCUCAAUCUCGAAAGUGAACUGAACCUUACGAAUACUGAGUUGCAAUCACUUAGAGGCGAUGUAUCACCAAUGUUUGUACCAGCGACCACUGGAGUGGACGGCGAAAUGUCCCCCACACUGGAUUUUGAUGGAUCCUUUGAAAUAUCUUCUCAAAUGAUGAACGUCAUUGAGGGUACUUCACCUCAAUUUUCAGACAAUGUGGAAUCAUCAGAAGUUGAGAGACAACGUGUUGAAGCGCGUAUGGUACAGGAGGCUGAAGCAGAUCGCUACUUUAAACCAUCAGUUAAGUCACAUCUUAAUUCCUCCUGUCAUAAGCCUCGUACAGGUGGUUCUUUAUCAAUUUAUUCCGCAACUCAUAAAAUUGUUCAAGAGCCUGCGAUGCCCGGAACCUUAUGGCGAUUAAGAAGAUGUACCGGGUGUUCCGUUAACGAAGAUCUUUCCAUUCGUACUUCCUAUUCACCCGAAAAAGACUUACACUUUGCUGGCGACUUUCUCCGAUUGGAUGGGACUUCUUCACUUUCUGUCAACUCAGCUUUGAAUUUGAAAUUCAAAUUAGAUUCGAAUAUCGUAAAUAUUAGUUAUCGUCUUGGGGAUAAUGUUGAGGUCAUUCCAGAUUCGUUUGGCUACGCUGGUUGUGCUGAAGUUGUUAGGAAUCUUGUGGACAAUGUCUUCCCCCAUCUCUCCCUCCCCGACCCCACCAUUCAGCGGACAGACGGACGUCUUCUUUUGCACACUUUACUUCUUGAGCUAAAGUACAGAUAUGACCGAGAGUUAGAAGCUGUGGAGCGACCUCCCGUUCGUAAAAUUAUUGAGCGCGACGACACCCCGGCAAAGAGGAUUGUGCUCUGUGUCAGUCAUUUAGAAAAAUUGCCCAAUCACCGGUAUCGAGGUCGUUUGACUGAUGGGUGGUACCACAUAGACUGGAUCCCUGAUUGUAUGCUUACGCGCGUUAUUGAACGUGGCCGAAUCAGAGUUGGUACAAAAUUGGUUACUGCUGGUGCUGAGCUGAUACAAACGCCUUCCGGUUUUGAUGGCAGUCUCAAUAGCAGUAGUGAUAGUUGCGACGACCGAAGCAAAGGUGAGGAUGCCCACCUCUUCGGUAACACCUCAAACGGACUGUCCCUACGACUUAAUGGCAACUCCACUAGACCAGCUUCACCCAACGCAAGAUUGGGCUUUGUGAGCCAUCCACCGAUUGCCCAUCUUCCACCAAUUCCUCUAUCUACCAUUUCUUCUGAGGGAGGACUUGUUUCUUGCAUUUGCGUUUUGAUUCAACGUCGAUUUCAACUUCAAUACAUGGAGACCUGCUCUUUACAUGUGGAUUCGAACGAAGGCGAGAGGACGCGACGCCACCAUGUGUUCCGUGAUCCCCGCUCCGAACAAGCAGCUGAACGACUACAUGCUGAGAAGUGUCAUUUGGCAUUUGAUCAAGCAGUCAAUGCAUUCAACUCAUCUAGGGGCAGCCGUGGUCGUCGGGUUCAACCACAAACGUCAUUUCUAGCCUCUCUCGGGCUAGAUGGAGAGGCGCUGUGGAAUGCGGUGAAGAACGCCCUCGAUCCCGAUCUCGCCGAGAGCGACCUAUCUGCUGCUCAACUAGACGCCAUGUUUCGCUACAAAGAAGCCGUUGUGCAAGAAAUCUUCGCUCAAUCUAGCUCCAAAAGAGAGGUCACACAGCUUUUACGGCUUCAGGUCGCCGGUAUUCAUCCUCUGGAUAUUGAAAAGCAGAUGGAAUUACCGCUUACAUUGUGGAAUCCAACUGAGGAAAUGCUAGACAUUUUAAAAGAAGGUUCUGUCAUCCAGCUUACGCGGCUCCAGGUUUCAACCACACGACCAACCGACCCGUUCGCCUCCCUGGCUUCUUGCACUACCAAUGUUGGUCAGGUGCUGAGCCUGUCUGGUGGUCGAGCGACCACAAUUCGCCCCUUAAAGGCGGCUGAUGUUAUUAAGUUUUUCAAGCGUGGUCAGCCGACUACUUCCACAUCUGUCCAGGACCUCAUCGACAUGGUCUACCGGCCACGGUCUUUCUUAUCAGUCGGCUCCUUAAAAAAUAUUGAGGCAACUUCUUUUGAUCGUCCGAGAGUGGUCGAUUUCACGGCUCUCGUGAUAGGCACGAAGAAUAUUUCAGCGUCAAAUAGCUCGAGACUACACCAUACUGGUGAGAAAUCAGAGCUCAGUGUGGUCUACCUCGCUUCUCUACGGAGUGAGGACGGUGAAGAGGACUUCAGCACUCUAGCUGUUCUACGCAUCUGGGGCGGCCUCGAGCGUUAUAGCCUCGCUUCUGUGUUGGCUGCAAGGAGCCGUGUGCGCUUUACGGAUGUGCAGAUGCGUGAUCAUGGAAAACUGUCGGUGCACUCCGAUUUUCCACCUGGGGGCAAUCCCGAGGUGUACUACAUUCUUUUAAACUACUCGGCAGCGAGCUACGUAACUUCUGAAAAGUUACCACGAGAUCCCACGAUCAGGCGGUUCCAAACGCCCUGGAAGGAGACUCCGCAAUUCUACUCCUAUAUGGAGACUUGCAUGGAGUCUCACUUCAAAAAAUUCUUCUCGGAUAAAUCCAGCUCUCCCUUGGCCAUCCCGAAUUCCCUCACUUCUACUCAUUGCUCGUCUCCCUCGACAUCUAUGCUGCAACAGACCCCCAAACCGGAGCCCAUUUCUGUAUCAACUCCGUGUUCUCUACCGAAUCGUCUUAAGGGAGGGUGUAGUCAUUUCUCAUCACCUACAAAACUUGAAACUGCAAAUAAAAUCGCGGAAUCACCUUCAAUGUUCCCUGCCUUGAAAACUCGUACCCGCACUGGACUUUGCCGACCCAGAAGGGCCCUCCCUAUAGCCACCAUGACGCCCACUCCCACCAGCUUCAUCGGGUGCAACGUGUCGCCAUCGCUUGGUUGCUUUCAGCUUACGUCAUCACACUCUGACUCGUUGAUUUCAGUUGAGGUUAAAGUGUGUGAUUUGAAUAAGUCCCCAUCUUUCCAGUUCCACCCCGAAUCUUCAUCCACCUCUCAGUCGGACGCCCUUAACCCGCCGGCAUCGGUGUCACGGACUAAUGCAGGCUCUGCAGCGCACUUGGCCAUGACGAGUGAGGACCUAGCAUCAUUGGAUGUAAGCAUAGCUGAUUUGGUAAAGACACGAAAACGUGGACGGAACAGCAGUUCUCAAAACGCUGCGGCUGCGCCCAAAAAACGACCACUUAAUCUGAAGAGCACUCCAUAG